AACUCCAGCCUUCCUUUGAAGUAGUCCUAAAAGUAACUUGAUAGGCAACAACUGGAAGAGAGACGCACCUCGCAAAGUUCAAAAACCAUCCAAGGAUAUACCAAUUACGCACAGAUUCUCCUCGCCACUUUUUGACAUGAAGCUCAAUUUUCUCGUCACCACCGUGGCUCUGCUCGUUGCCUUUCCACCACCGUAUGAAUGUAGAGCUAUCGAAAACAGCUCCAACCAGCCAGCAACGGACCCCGAUGGAGAGCGACAAUCCCCGCCGGUUUUGGCACGCUUAGGGGAGGAGUACUUCAUCCGUCUCGGUAACAGAAAUCAGAAUUCUCCCCGAUCCCCAGCCGACAGCUUCUCCGAGACAUCCCAGUAUUCCAAAAGAGCACUGCAGCUCCAGUUAACGCAGCGUCUAUUGGAGGGGAAAGUUGGAAACAUCGGCCGUUUGGAUGGCAAUUACGCGCUCCGGGCGCUCGACUCAAUGGAGAGAGAGCGCAGGUCGGAGGAGCCACCGAUUUCCCUGGAUCUGACCUUUCAUCUGCUACGAGAAGUACUGGAGAUGGCCAGAGCCGAGCAAAUGGCCCAGCAAGCUCACAGCAACCGCAAAAUGAUGGAAAUAUUCGGGAAGUAACACGAGCAAACCCAUCAGCCAAAGAUAUUUUUACAUUUAGCACAUACAUUAAUAUUCUGUACCAUAGUGCUGCUUUUCCAUCAUGAUCUAUUUAUACCGGUGACUUAUUGUAGAUAUCUCAACGAAGGCGAAUAGAGUACAGUAGGUGUAUAUGAAUCAAAGUGUUCAGAAGCGCAAAACUGUCAUCACUCUCCAUCAAUGUUAUUGUAUAAGUGAUCAUUCAAAACUGUAGAUGAAGAAAACGGUCGGGUUUCUUUAAAAAAAAAAAAAAACACAAUAUUUUCCAGCACUGCAUUAUUUUAUCUGACAGACUUGAGUUUCAUUGUAACAUACAGUACAUUGUUUAAGUUUGUUAAUAAACUAAUGAGCAACCAUUAAUUUUUGUUGUGCAAGAGAAUGUCUUAUAUUUAUAUUUUUCAAUAAAAAUUUGAAAGCCA